AUGGCUAAGUGGGGUGAAGGUGAUCCUCGCUGGAUAGUUGAAGAACGUCCAGAUGCUACUAACGUCAAUAAUUGGCACUGGACUGAAAAAAAUGCCACACCUUGGUCAAAAGAUCGAUUUAAUCAACUCUUCACCAAUGUAAAGCUUGAGGACUCCAACAUUGAAUGCAUUAUCGAAUCCGUAGACAAAUGUAGUGGCGAAGCAACGGCGAAUAACCGUAAAGGAAAACUUAUAUUUUUUUACGAGUGGGAGCUAACUCUCAAUUGGAUUGGCUACUUUAAGAACAAUCAUCUUAAGAAACAUAAAGGCAAAGCAACUAUACCAAAUCUAUCUGAAGAGAAUGAUUUGGACGAUUUGGAAAUAACAAUCACCAUUGAUGAAUCAAAUGAGGAGUCAGAAAUUGUAAAACAGUUUAUGUACAAUAAUGGUCGAAAUAAUAUAAGGAAGCUAUUAGGUGUCUACAUAAAAGAGCUUAAAGAAGAAUACUCUAAAAACCUGAUUCUGCCUAACAAGAACUCAGAAAAGGUUCAACAAAUAAAUAAUCAAUCCAAAGGAAACAACAUUUUUAAUAAUGGACCAAUUCCUAACUCUUCUAAAGUUACAACUACUCUGGGCUGCAAAUUAGAUGUUAGGACGCUAACUAUCGAAGAAGAAUUUCAGUGCACUGCAAAUGAUCUCUACAAUGCCCUUACUAAACCCGAUAUGGUAACAUCAUUUACAAGGGCUCCAGCAAAAGUCGAGGCAUCAAGAGGCGGAGAGUUUCAUCUAUACGGUGGCAAUGUGCAUGGUGUGUUUGACGAACUUAUACCAGAGAAGAAGCUAUCACUUAGGUGGCGGUUAAAAUCUUGGCCAUCAGGACAUUAUUCGAACGUUGUAAUAGAAUUGGAAGAAAUGAAAAAUUGUACCCAAAUGAAACUAAAGCAAACAGGAAUUCCUGCGUCAGAAUAUGAUACCAUGAAGACGAACUGGAAUCGAUACUAUUGGAAUAGUAUUAAACAAACAUUUGGAUUUGGCGUUCCAUUGGCAGAUGUAUUAUGAGUUGCA